CCUCUCGCGCACAGAUGGAGUACUUUGUAUGAAAUUGAACCAUCAUCAUCAGGACAGGACAGUUCGUUUCGUUUCGUUCGAUGCCAGUAAAGAAAGGAAAUUGGCGAUCAAAAGAAGCGUUCAAAGCCGUAAUUUUAAAACUUUACGCUCGAGAAAUCGGACGAUCGAAAGUGUGGAAAAUUUCCGAAGACAAAAUUCGAUGAGAACGCGAAAUUGAAGGCGAAGAUUGCACUUCUGUCAUCGCACAGUAAAUACACGCAGAGUAAAGUCUACUCUUUCUCCGUCACUUUCGUGUCUGCGGAAGAAAGUGUUUCAAUAAUUUUCGUUGACGUAAAAAGCAAUAGUUAUGUCCGAGAAUAGGGAAGAAAUUCUGGCCAACUUUCAGAGCAUAACUGCAAUCGAGGAUGUUGCUGAGGCUAUCUUUCAUCUGGACGAGAGCAAUUGGGAUCUUUUGGCUGCCAUUCAUCGGGUCUUACCUCAAGAUCCACAGGAUCAACGAGCAUUAGCAGGUGGAGGAGGUGGUUCUGUUAAUUUGAACAGCGGCAGCGGUGCGUCGGGAUCAGCAUUUGCUAGUUACUCGAACAAUUUAAACAACCUGGAAGCCGUGGCCAACGUGGAAGAGCUUAUGACGGCACCAUCAUCUCCAAUAAAAAACGCACUCGGUGUUGGGAGCAGUGAUGCUUCCAGCAAUAACCAAAGUUUGGAUGCUGACUUUUCAUUUGAUGACCCUUUUGGAUUUAUUGAGCCAGGAGCAUCGACGUCUCGAUCUAGCAGCACCAAUGACUUCCGCAGUGCACUUAACUACUUGGACACGAAACCGCACGAAGUAGUGUUCAAGAUUCAUUUCAAUAACGAGUUGCACUUGAUCAGCAUAUCGAAUCACGCAACGGUCGGCGACUUGAAAACCAAAAUUUGCGAGAAAACGGCUGUUCCAGUGUGUCGACAGGCGCUUAAAGGUUGGGAGCUAGGUAAGCAGAAGGGGGUACAAAGUUCCACAACGGUGCUCAAAUCGCUCAACAUAGGCAAGGAAGUUAAUCUCAUUUUGACGGACAUGACAGUGGAGGGCUUCGUGGGAGGAACUGAUCUACUGUCGUCACAGAAUAAACAGAUUUAUACGCUGCACAUUAACGUCCAGCCGGAAGCAAAUCUGCUGGUGCUCGAGUUUCCCGGCCAUCAGAACAUUUUGUCCAUCAAAACGGACGUCUACACGAUCACGGACAUCCCGGUGCGGCAUCAGGUGUGGUCUGGUUGGCCUACAAAUAUCACCAACAGUACAACGCUGGCUGAGUCCGGUGUGGAGCGAGAACACAACCUAGUGCUGAAACGGGCCGACCAAGAUGGAGUGCCCAAGAUUACUAACAACAAUAAUGCUGCCAACACAGCCAGCACCAGUACCAGCAGUAGCAGUAGAAAUGUGUACAAUAACAGCGACAGCAUACCCAUCAUCAUUGACUCGGAGAGUAGCGGCGAAGAGUUCGAGGAUGCCUCAGAUUUUAACAACGAUGACGACAUUUUCACAGAGACGCCCAUCAACAGUCAUUUGAAACAUUUGAUUCCGGAUAACGUUGAUGACGAAACUAUCGGCAGCAUACAGUUCGUAGAAAACUUUGUAGAACGAUAUGGGCCGCAACAUCCGAUGUUCUUUCAGGGUAGUCUAGAAGAUGCAUUGAAAGAAGCUUGCCGUCCGUCUGCUCGGGAUCGGAAACUGAUGGCAAUCUAUUUGCACCAUGACGGUAGUGUGCUAACGAAUGUUUUCUGUGGCCAAUUGCUUGCAUGCGAAAGUAUCAUCCAAAUGCUGCUAGAUCACUACGUCCUUUACGGUUGGGAUCUGACAUUCGAGAGUAAUAAAAAUAUGUUUUUGUCGUCAAUAUCGGCUUGUGUAGGCAUGACCGCCUCGAUAACAGUUCGGAACAUUCCAACUGAUCGGUUACCGGCCAUUCUUGUGAUAUCGAAAAAUCGCAGUCAAUGUGAGGUUUUCCAAGUGAUCUAUGGUAAUGUUAGUGUUGAUGAUUUACUAUCACAGCUGAUGGAAGCGGCCGAUAUGUACAGUGAGCAGCUUAAAAUUGAACUGCGCGAGGAGAAUGAACGAACCGCUCGGGAGCAGGUGAAACUUGAACAGGAUGCUGCCUACCGAGAAAGUUUAGAAGCCGAUCGAGCUAAACAGGAGGCGAAACGCCAGAAGGAACUGAUGAUGCAAACUGAACGCCGCCGGCUGGAAUCCGAGCGGGCCGAUGCCGAAGCAAAACGAGAACUAAUUCGAACGAAUGCUCGAAUCACCGUCCCUCCCGAGCCGGAGCAGAUAUCCGGGGAGAAUAUAACCAAAAUUAGAAUUAGACCACCGGCGGGCCCGAUGAUUGAGCGGCGUUUCACCCUUGACACCCCGCUGCGGAUCCUGUUGAACUUUAUCACCGGGGAAGGCUUUCUGAUCGAUGAGUAUAAGGUGAUCUCCAGCUGGCCUCGAAGAGAUCUCACGGUUCUAAAUUUAGACGAAACGCUGCAGCAGUUGAAGCUAUACCCCCAGGAAACGGUUAUUCUGGAGGAGCGAUGAUUCCAUCUUGCAUCCCAAGCAGACCGUUGUCUUCUUUGUCUACUACAAACACUACCAUAUGGGAGGUAUAUAGUGCUGAUGCCUAAUUCAUUUUCUUCGAGGUCACUCACCACAACCACACAUACUACGGCGCGUUCUCCAUCAAGUAUCUUAUUAAGUUUCCAUUUCGUUUUUGAUCUGAACAGAGAAUUAGCGAUAUUGGUUUAUAAACGUGGUUUGAUAUUUUUCUAAAUUUUCUCACUGCAAUAAUUUAUUUAUUUUGUGACGUUUGGCUUUGAAAAUUAUUUGAAUUUAUUACAUUUCGGCGUCUGUAUUGUUUCUAUUCGUACUACAAGCUAUGAUUUUUGUUACAAACAACAGAACAAAAUUCAAGCCUAAAACCUAUUCUUAUAUACCGAAGGAGUGCAGAGAUACGAUGAAACAAUGAGUAAUUUGUAUAGAUGAAGUAAACAAUUACCAUGCCCAACAGGCGUGAAACAAAAAAUAAAGAAAGAGAUCCUCAACAUA